AUGACGCUCUACUACAGUCUUGUCUUCGCCCUUCUCGUCUUCGAGAUGGUCGUCUUCAUGUCGCUCAUCGUCCCCAUGCCCUUCACCUGGAAGCGCAAGCUCCUGACCUUCAUCUCCGAGAGUCCCAUCAUAGCAAAGCUGCAGUAUUGGAUCAAGAUCACCUUUGUCUUUAUCCUGAUCCUGUUCGUCGACAGCGUCAACCGCGUCUACCGCGUCCAGCUUGAGCUUGCUCAGGCCAACAACUCCAACAACGGCGCUGGUGCUGCUGCCGUUGGCGGUAUCGAACGCAUGGAGAUCCAGGCUCGCAAGUUCUACUCGCAACGCAACAUGUACCUCUGUGGCUUCACCCUCUUCCUCUCUCUGAUCCUCAACCGUACCUACGGCAUGAUCCUUGACGUCCUCCGUCUCGAGCUUGAGAACAGACAGUUGAAGGGCACCGACAGACCCAAAGACGCCAAGCUCAACGAGGCCGAGAACAUUGGCGAGGUCGGCCGCCUGAAGAAGGAGCUUGCUGCCAAGGACCGCGACAUCGAGACCCUCAAGAAGCAGGCUCAGGGUCUCUCUACCGAGUACAACCGUCUUGGUGACCAGGUCGCUGGCAACUCUGACAGCACUCCCAAGAAGGACCGAUAA